AGUCGAUAACGAAUUAAUGGCUUAUCUUCGAAGAAGUUUGUGAAAUUUUUGUAACCUCAACAUUUCGGUUUUAUUUCCGAAAUUUUACUUUCAAUAAAAACGAUUCAAUAAUUUUAUAAUUUGAUCCGCCUAAAAUUAAAACGGUAAAAAAUUUCCUAAAUAUCAAUCUAGGGAAAUUUCGUAUAGUCACUUUUUAAGGUCUGUUCAAGCAGGAGUUAAUAGGCGUUUGGAAGGAUUUCAUCAGUGACAGUGGGGUCAUUAUCGGCCCAUUUUCUAGUUAUUAAAGUUUUAUAACUUCUACAAAGCUUAUACAAAACAAUAAAUUUGGAUAUAAAUAUGGGGCGCCGCUGUUGUAUUGCGGGUUGCAGUUCCACUUCUCGGUUACCGGAACAUCAUGGAGUCACCUAUCAUUCUUUCCCACUAGAUACAAGUAUACGCGCAAUUUGGCUACGCAAUACCCGUCUUAACAAUGAUCGGCAAAUAACAAAGAGUGUUCUUGUGUGUUCAAGGCAUUUUCGGCGUGUAGAUUUCCAGCCGCAACGCAGCGGAAAGUAUUUACUAAAACAACGCGUCUUUCCUACUGUAUUUCCGUGGGGCAAAGUAGAUCCUGCUCAAGUAGAAUCGGAUUUAGAAGAUUUAAACAAUGCUAGUUUGUCUACAACGAACAUGUCAAACCAAACCAAUGAAGAUGCUACCAAGGCAACAGUAGAAGCAAAAGUUGCACAGAUAAUGGCUGAGACAGCAGAGCGCAAUGCAGCUAAAGCAAGUUCGUCGGUAGUAAUUAAAGAUGAGAUUGAGACAACAUCGCCGGUAUCAACGCCAGUUGUAGUAUCUCCUGCCGCCGUGAAAUUCGAAGCUGUGACAUCCUUUAAUCCUGGGACAAGGCUUGAAGCACAAGAUUUUGAUGGAGUUUGGCAUUCAGCACGCGUUGUUGAAGUGGACAACGAUGACCGCGAAGUAUUAAUAAAAUUCGAGCGUGCUGGUAAAAUGAAAUCUGUAGUUGUGGGUACAGAAGAAUGGAUACCGAUGAACUCAACACGCUUGCGCCAGAAAGUUUCAACAAAACCAAUUCCAAUAUUUGAUUUAGAAGAGAAAUGUAUGGCGCGCUGGUCGGGCCCAAGAAAGUUUCCAGGUACAAUAAAGAAAAUUCUGGGAAACGACUUGUACGAAGUCCUUUUUGAUGACGGCUAUGUGAAAAAUGUGCGUGCUGUACAUAUGACUAAAGUAUUACCGUUAGAUCCAGAGUCGCACGUCCCAAUUUCCUCUCCGACUCUUUCCAUACCCAGUACUCCUCAGAUUCUAUCCACAACUUUGCAAGAAUUAUCACCUUUAAAGACCACAAAAGUUGAAUCUCCUUUACCAUUAGCAACUACAACAUCUAGUGCCAAAAAACGAACUCCGUCGGGCUCUCGGAAGGAUUGGCCCUUGCUUGAUUUGUCAAAAUUAGACUUAAAUUCUUUAAAUUUACCGGAAAUUCCACGUGAUGGCGAAUGGACAUGCCAUUGGGUCAAUGAUCAACCAAUUGGUCAAGAAGGUUUCCUCAUUGUUGGCGAGCACAGAAAACCUACAGUUAUUGUAGAAGAUUGGCGUUUACCACCGGGAUGGGUAAAACACAUGUACCAACGGUCCAAUGUAUUAGGAAAAUGGGAUGUUAUAUUAGUUACACCAGGGGGAAAGCGUUUUCGAUCAAAAUCUGAUUUGAAAAUGUUUCUCGAAGAACAAGGUCAGGUAUACAAUCCAGAUAUUUAUGAUUUUAGCAUCCACCGUCGCCGUGCUAAAGAUAUAAACGCAUAUGUGUACACUCCUGAUUAUACACCUCAACAGGCUCCAAAACCGAAACCACUCGACAUUACAAUUGCUGCAAUGGAUGCGGCUAGUGUAAAAGCAGCGAAAACUGCACUUGCAGUCAGUUCUUCACAGUACAUUGAGACACCAGUAGCCACACCAAUACCGCCAGCCGAAUUAAUGACCCCCACGUCAGGAAUUACGUCAAAAGCUACUACAACUGAAAUUGCGGGGAAUCCCGAUUAUGCAGACACCGUCUCUUCUCGCUCAGUAGAUCCCAGUUUACCUGUAGAAGAUGGAUAUGCGUACAUCGGUGGACUAAAGGUGCAAAUAAUCGAUAACCUCUUUCGAUGUCCACAAGUGGGUUGCUUGAAGAACUUCAGAAAGGAAGACCAUUUACAAAUUCACGUAAAGCACUAUCAUCAAGAUUUAAUAAAACUUUUAGGAUCUUGCCCAAAAAUGCUUGAACUAGCAGAAAAGCGUACACAUACCAAGCCGGAUCAACACGAGCCCGCUCCUCGGAACCAAAUUCCAAAUCAGCAAUUCUUUGCAAAACUUCAUCAGCAGGAUCUAUUACAAACUCGCGCACAUCGUCGCAGCGCUGGUAUACUUGCGGCAAUGUCAAGCAGUGGGCCGCAAGCAGUAUUGGCUGCUACGGAAGUUAAAUGUGAAGCUGAUAUCAAAAUCGAAGCAAAUGCAGAUACAGAAACCUCACAAAUAUCUGUUGGCUUCAAUGAUACUUCUCUUAAUAGUUCUACUCAAAAUAGUCAAAACAGCACAAUGAUGGAUGUGUCCAUAACCACUGUCUCAUCCAUAGACGAGAAUUUAGCUGAUAUAUCGGCUAUACCAACUAAACGUUCACGCAGUUCACCAAGCAAGCGAGCUCUUGGCGCACGUAAAAGUAAUCGACAGCGUACAACUCGCCGUUACUUAACAGCUGCACAGGCAACAUCAGGGGCAUCUAUCCUACCAAUGGUAACGGCCGAUAGUAGCUUCGGGGUGUCCGAUUUCGAAGAAACACGACAUUCGUUUAAUGCCACCCCUGAUGCGAAAAUUAUCGAAGUUGGAAAGAAACGCAAAUCAUCUGGCGCUCCAGUAACGCCAGUGAGCAGUUUGGACUCCCCUGUAACUGCCGAUUCUGGUUCAUCGUCGUUUCCACCUCUAUUGGGUCCGGGAUCUAAUGAAGCUGAGAAUCUGGGCGGCCCAAACGCGAAUCAGCCUCAGUACAUUAAAGAGAAUGGCGAAAUAAUAAAAAUUGUAAGUAUGCGGCAAGAGGAAAUAAUUAAUUGUCUCUGUUCUUAUGGCGAGGAGGACGGACUUAUGAUUCAAUGUGAACUAUGCUUGUGCUGGCAGCAUGGCAUUUGCAAUGGCAUCGAUAAAGAAGUUGAUGUUCCAGAGAAGUAUGUAUGCUACAUUUGCCGUAAUCCACAACGCGGUCGGGAGGCAAUGCGUUUUAAGCACGAUCAAGAUUGGCUGUACGAUGGCAAAUUACCAGUGGCGAACUAUCACAUUGCGAACCCCAGUCUGCCGAAACGUUUCGAAUUUCUACAAAAAUCACACGUUCUCACUGGUAAUUUAGUUGAACUUAAACGGUUCAUGCACUCGUUACGUGUCAAAAUGAACAUUGCCAAUAAUCGUUGUCAUCCAAAACUAUACUUGUGGGCUAAAAAGUGGGAGGAAGACUUGGCUUUACAACAUGUCAAAUCAAAUCUAAAAUCGGAGCAAGAAAUUAAAAUGGAUAUUGAUAUAAAGGUUAUUGAUUCGAGACAGAAGACGACGCCGUCUACAUCGCCUACAAAGAAAAUAAAAUCGGAGCCCACCACACCAUCUCACCCUAUUCCCAAUAUACCACAGCCCGAGGCGCCUAUAGAUCCAGUAGAAUGCCAGCAUAGAUUAAUGGAACAUAUUAAGAUACAGCAAAAUUUUGUACUCAAUCGUUUGGACGAUAUUGAAAAUGAAAUGGAUGGUACGUAUUUAUUAUGUAAAUUACAGGGACGGAAAAUUAUUAUUUUUUAAAUUUUAAUCAAAAAACUCAACAUGAGUAGUCCACUUACAAACAGUGUUAUGUGAUUUUAUAAUAGUAUGACAUAAAUUAAA